CCAAGAUACCUCAAGCAGAAGCAUGCUUGUGUGCCUCCACAUCCCCUUCGCCAAAUUGCUCCAAACUUAAGUUAACGCAAUUCCUAUAACAGUGUAAAUUAUGUCAAAUUCUGGAAAUACUUGUUCCUGUGACAUUAUCAGUAAAUUGCUUGUUUUUGGUGAGAGAGUUUAUGUGCCAUGGCAUGAUGCAAUGCAUCAUUAUUGUAAAGCAAUGUAGAACAAUAUUGUUGGUUUGUUGAACGUUAAUGCCUGUGUGAAAGGGCCUCUUGGACUUUAAUUAUGGAAAAACGAAUUCAAUUUUAUAUUUUUUUCCAUGCCAAUCAAUUGUAGUGGAUCCAUUAAACCAGCAGAGGGCAAUGGAGUCACAUCUUCUCGCUUUUUUGUACGCUAAACACAACUAGAUCAGUGGAUUUUGGCAGAACUGUCAACUCGGUCGUCUUUGAUAAUAAUCAGACAUAUUGAAAGAUGCCAGUAUUUGGGGAUGCUCAGUGCUUGUGGGUCUUUGAGAAUUGUCAACAGAGGACUAAAAGAUUGCCAGUCAUCGCUUAACCACCCUGAGCCGGACCCCAUUGGAAGCGGCUGUUUUCCUCAUCUUUCUCACAAGGACUAUUCUUAAAUGGAUGAGACUUUGAAUAUGGACAACGAGGUGUUGGAUUGCCAAGAACCUGAAACCAACCGAGUUGGGAUCCUUCGCCGUCUGCGGGACCGAGACCUGCUCAGGAAGAGGAAAGCCGAGGCGGAGGAAAAGGAGACUAAGCAGUGGGUUUAUGGGGUCGAGAGCAAGAGGAGAAGAGCAAGGGGAGAGCAGAGGAGUGGCACUGGGAGAAGGGGGAGACCAAGGAAGAUUGAGAACCUAUUUGAGAUUCUCCCGAUCCAGGAAAAGGAGAAGGGUGAGGAGCAAGUGCAGCAGGCUCCCCAACCUCCUGCUGAAGAAUCUUUACCUGAGGCAGCCCACACCUUCUACUCCCGAUCGAUUGCUCCAGCGUACAUCCCCACUUCCCCAGCUCCGCCACUCAAUGUUACCUCAGUCGAGACCCCUGUCAUUGCCUCUUUUUUUACCAAUCUAUUCCAAACGGCUCCUACCCUGACCCUGAACCCUACCCUGGCCCAGGCACCUACCCAAACCCCUACCCCAGCCCCCAACUCUGUCUCAGAGCCCACUGAUCCAGCCCCAUCUACCCAAAGUCCUCCCUUGCCCCCUUCCUCUGGUCAAAGCCAAAGUGAGACCACAGUGGAGGCUCCUGUGUCAGCUGGGCCCCUGCUGGCCCUAGCUCCAGCUCCGGCCCCAGCAUCCCCUGCUCUUGUCUACACCACCGAGUCCGCAACCAUGGAGGCUCAAGGCCAGGUCACCAUCGAAGACUUGGGGCCCGAUGAGAUGGAGGAUGUCUGCUUGACACAGAAGGAAGAUGCGGUGAACCGUUUGGAAACUGAUUCGGUUGAGGGGCCAUCUCCACCCGUUGUGGCUCAGAGCACCAUGUUCUCCUCUCCUCUGUUGACCUCCCCGUCUACCACUCAAGGAUAUUUCACAGAUAAAUAAUUAAAAAUGAGGUUUCUGAUGAUGUCUGAAGAGAAUUCUCAAGGGCUUUCUACAAAAUUUGCUGUAGACUAUUCUUAAAUGGCAAUGCUUUGAAAAUGCUUGUAUUAAUCAUUUUUUUAUUCUGAGGCCUUAUAUUGUACUGCAUUUAAAUUGGAUUUAGCUUUUUUUUGCUUUAGGAAUUAACUGAUAAUACUGCAGUUUUAAAUUAUUUUAAAAACAAAGACAAACUUGUUAUUUUCAGUCCAAUUUAUUUUUAUAGUUUGGUUUGUAAAUUUGUUCAUGUAAAACUAGUUACUGCAAAUAAUAAUAAAGUAGGGUUUUGAAAUGUUACGUUUUGUAAAAGUACACUUUUUGUGGUUUCUAAUAAACAGGGGUCCAUUCAAAAUUAUCCUCUUUAAUGUUGGCUUUGACAAACUUCCUUUGCAUCAGGAGUCGGGAAACAUGAUACAGUGUUAACAUAUUUCCUAUUCAAACAAUAAAACUGAGACGUGCAUAAACUAAAUAUUCACGGUUAUUUGUCGUUUUUGUGUAUUCAUAUGCCUACACUGCAUAAUAUUACGGUUCAUUUAAAUAAAAAUAAAAACAUGGAUUAACAAGAUCAGAAAUCAAAUUUCGGACAGGAAUUACAUAUCAAACAAAGGCAUUCAGUGAGUAUGCAUAGUGUACACGCCGUCAACAAAUUGUAAACAAUAAGUCCCUUUCAUCCACCCAUAUUCAUAUAUUCAAUUUAUUGUGUCCAGUGUCACCCUCUAGCGUUCAGGUUUUCGGAGUUUUUAGAUGGGAGAAAUCCGUAACUUUUAAAACAAAUUCACAUUAUAUUUUAUUCAGUUGUCAUUUAUUCAUUUGUGUGGAAUUUGUUUCUUCAACACCUAUAAUUUCAUUCAAUAAGAAAAUGUCUACUCAAGCAGUAAAAAUAAAGAAAUUUCCAAUGGUCCCUCGAAAGUCACUGGUUGGCCAACGAUUAAUCGUGCGUGUUCUGCUUCCGCAUUGAGUGAUCACACGUGUUUGUUUAUAUCCUAGUGUGAGCUUUCUCACAUAAGCAUCCAGAAACUGAAAAUUAUUAAACAGUUUAAUUAGUAAAAAUGCCACCGCUGUGUGAGAGCUGUUUCGAUCAUGUCGAUAAACUCAAUCAGCAAGUUUCUGUAAUGCGAAAAGAAAUCAAAAAUCUAAGACAGAUGUUGGAGAACGCAGUAAAAUCCCACCGUAAAUACAUGACUUCCCUCUUGUCCGCUGUGUCAAACGUUUCUCAAGGCGACAACCAACCGCCAUAUCAACAACAAUCAUUAUCGGAAAAGACAGAAAUGGCACCAAAUGUUUCUUUGGAACAAGGCACUAUCCAGACUGUCCCUAUCGGCUACAUAAGGUCCUGUUUUUCAGCGAAGAAUGGCACACCAAGACAGCCCACGGUGUGUGGCCACUCAAGGGCCACGCUGUGCAUUCAGCCCAGUGUGUUCAACAACCCUGAUCAAGCUCUGAUGGGUCUCGAGCAAUUCUCCCAUGUAUGGGUCAUCUUCCUCUUUCAUAAGAAUGGUCACCUGAGUUACAAACCCAAGGUAAAGCCCCCCAGACUAAACGGUCAGAGGGUGGGUCUCUAUUCCACACGCACCCCUCACCGACCCAACGCCCUGGGCCUAACGCUGGCCAGGGUCGACAAAAUCGUAGGUGACACGGUACAUCUGUCAGGCAUUGACAUGAUUGAUGGGACUCCCGUUCUGGAUAUCAAGCCAUACAUCUCAGACUACGACUCCCCCCUCAGCCGACCCGGUGCAGAACCAUAUCAAAUGGAUGUAGGCCAACUGGAGACGGCAGCGGCGCCACAAGAUGAGGUAAUGGGCGACGUAUUAAGCAUCCGAAUGAACUCUGGGAGUCCAUCCUCUGGGAAAGACACCUCAUUUGCUAGAGAUGAGUCUACCAAGGUUACCGGUCCCAACAGUAGUCCUAGAACUACGCUGAAGGACGAAGCCAUAACUGCUGACGUCGAGAAGAGAAGUGAGGCCUCUUCUUUGCCUGUUGCUGAUGCUAAUGCUGACUCCGCUGCCCCCUUUUCCAAAGAGCUGAGAAAUGUGCUAGUGGAGGUUAAAGCCUAUAUCAACGAUACUGAGCUAACCAGUGAAAAGGACAUAACAAAAUCCAAACGACCAGAGACAACCCAAUGCAAUCCUCGGCUUUGCUAUGGGGAAGAGGAGUACAGUACCAUUGCCACUUGGAUCAGAGCGCCCCCUGUUGGCAACCUGGAGGUGCGAUUCACGCCCCAUGCUCUUAGCGAAUUAGCAAAGUUUAUCCCGCCUCAACAUUCAGUAGACCCCACCGGAAACGACUGUCCUCGCUUUAAGUUCCUACGCAGCCAGGAAGAGGCAUUGGCCGCCAUCAGAGCGGUUCUGUCGGCCGACCCGCGCUCCAUCUACCGGAGGAGCCGCUGUGAGGACAGACUGUUCUUCUUCACCCUGGACACCGCCGACAUCACCUGCUGGUUCGGCCCGGGCUUCGCUGAAGUCCUGCGGGUCCGGCGGGUCUAACCCUUAAUUGUUUAAAGUAGCAAAUGCUAAAAUAUCUGAUAUGCUAUAUAUAGACGUAUACUUUCUAAAAUCAGCAAUUGUGAAUUUCAAUAGAAUCUCAAUAGGAACAUUGUUUCUGGAAUUCUAAAAAUCAUAAUUAAAGAUGUGACUACA